UUUCGUGCUGAUAACGGUUAACAGUCGCCUUUCCAAGCUUUUUGCAUUUUCUUACAUUAGUAUAAAUAUUUAAUUAAAUAAUAAUAAUAAAAAAAAAAUGACAAGUAGACAUCUGUUUUACAGCGUGCCCAAGUUGAACCGCCUCAUUUUUAAUACGCGAACAACAUUAUUAAUUAAUAAAAGAUCUUAUUCGAGCAAAGGUGAAAGUGAACUUCCCAAAAAUCUUUUGGAGGAUUUUUAUACGGCUAGUAGGCAGACGGAAAAUGGCGUGAUCUAUGACAAGAAACCUUUUAAAAUGCGACUCUCACCAGAGAAAACUUAUAUGUGGUGCCUCUGUGGCCACAGCAAAAACCAGCCGUUGUGCGAUGGAAGUCAUAAAAACCCAUAUCUUAAGAUAAAACAAAGACCAAUCAAAUUCCAAGUGGAUGAAGAAAAAGACUACUGGUUGUGCAAUUGUAAGCAGACAUCGCACAGGCCAUUUUGUGAUGGAACUCACAAAAGAGAUGAUAUCCAAGCAUUAAAAAAAUAAAUGUAAUCAUUUUAUUUUGAUUGUUUUAGACUUAUUUAAUUAAAUUUGUGAUUUAAA